AUGAGUGUGUGCAACUGUUUGCGCUCGCCCACUAACCCGUCACUCACUGUGCCUGUUCUCCAACUUCUUUCAGAUCCCGUCUCCGUCAGAACUCAGGGCAGGACCAAAGAUCCAGGUCUGCCCAAGAUGCUGGUGAUCAGGAACUACUUUGGCGUGCCAAGCCCCACUUCUGGUCCGGCGCUCACCAUCCAGACGGGCGACAUCAUCGAGCUGGUGUGCGCCGACCUACACAGUCCCUGGUGGCAGGGCAGGAUCUUGUCCACCAAGGAGGUCGGCUUCUUCCCGAGCGAUGCCGUGAGGCCGUGUCCGUGUGUGCCGAAGCCCGUUGAUUACUCCUCUCAACUUUGGUUUGCAGGACCCAUAGAGAGGUUUCAAGCCGAAGCUGAGCUCAUCAACAGGGUCAACAGCACCUAUCUGGUCCGCCAUCGCAGCAAAGAGUUCUCAGAGUACGCUAUCAGCAUCAAGUACAACAACGACGUGAAGCACAUAAAGAUCCUUGCCAGGGACGGCUGCUACUACAUCGCCGAGAACAAGAAGUUCAGGAGCAUUAUAGAGCUGAUCGAGUAUUACCAACACCACUCCCUGAGGGAAGGGUUUAAGAGCCUGGACACCACCCUGCAGUUUCCUUAUCGGGAACCGGAGAACGCUGCCGGGCACCGCUUCAACCGAUCCGGUGGAAACAUGUUCGCCCCCAAAGUGAUCGGCGUGGCCAUCGCUCGGUACGACUUCAGCUCCCGGGACACUCGGGAGCUGUCGCUGCAGGAGGGCGACGUGGUGAAGAUCUACACCAAGUCUGGAGCCAACGGCUGGUGGAGGGGCGAAGUCAACGGCAGGAUGGGCUGGUUUCCAUCCACGUACGUGGAGGAGGGUGAGGAGUGAAGCGUCCGCCCUGAGCAGAAGAAGAGUGGAACGAAGCCUCUGCCACGGCGAGCGUCUGAACGACUCCUGGCGUUUACCGCUCCCCCGCGGCGCCCCGGUGCCUCCGACGGCCUUCGGUAAAGGAAAGG